AAAUUUUCUAGUAGUAACAUUGUAUUUUUCGCGUUAUACAGCAAUAUGAUUGGAGAAUUAAAUGUUGUAGUUCUAAUUUCAACCACUUCACAUUUUCAGUUGCUGUUCUAUAUAUAUAUGUUGUCAUGAUCGAACAUUCUCGCGGUUAAAAUUCUCGUAGCUGCCAUUUUUUAACGUAGAACAAAGAUAUCAUUAUUUCACAAAUUAUCAUUCAUAUAACUUUAAAAAAAUUAUUUCAUGUUAAAAAAUUUCUUCAAUAGUAAUCAUGAACGUUGAUAAUGUACACUUGCCGAUAGGCUCAUUAUUUUUUACUUAUUCAGAUUAUGAAUGUUGGUUUACUAAACUACAGAAGAACGAAGAACCAACACGGAUAUCAAGCUUCGACACCAAAACAAUUGCUGGUGCUAGAUUAAAAAAAAAUAUGAAUCCGAAUUUAAAAAAGUACAAACUACAUUAUAUAUGUGAAUUUGGUAUGAAGUUUAAGUCGAAGGGCAAAACUUCACGUCGAACCAGUUCUAAAAAAAUAGACUGCCCAUUUUUUUUCAAAUUUUUAAUCAAUAAAACAGGAGAUGCUUUGGAACUUAAAUCUUGUAACUGGAUCCACAACCAUCCAUCCGGUGUAUUGCAGAUUGAUAAGAACGCAAAAACUCAAGAAGAGAAUGUUGAUGUUCAUGAGCUUACUGAAGAAACAAUAAAUAAGACAGUGGAUAAUGAUAGUUAUUUAAACAAUACCAAUGACUUAUUAAAUCACUUGGAUGACUUAUCAUUUAUAUAUGCUGAUGAUUAUAACGAUGUUAUUGAAGAGGAUGGGAUUGGUGAUUUAGUUUCAGAUAAAGUUUAUGAUGUAGUCGCAGGCAAAAUUGUCAGAGUUAUUAGUGGAAUUCCAGAGAUAAUUGUACGUAAUAGCAAUAACAAAAUUGAAGUCAAUAAUAAUAAUUAUAAUAAUAUUCCGGAAUAUUUUGAUAAUUUAAAAGAAAAUGGCUUAGUAUUGACAACUGUAAUUCCAAGUGAAAUUUCAAAUAACAAUAAUAUAAAUUCAAAUGUUGAUGGUACUGAUGGUGGUAAUAAUAACAAAAUUGAAGUCAACAAUAAUAAUGAUAAUAAGAAUUGUCCAAGAGAUUUGGAAAAGAGAAGAGAAAAUGACUUAGCAUUGACUACAGUAAAUCCAGGUGAAAUUUUAAGUAUUAAUAACAUAAAUGCAAAUGUUAAUGUUACUGAUGAUGAUAAUAAUAACAAAAUUGAAAUAAUCAACAAUAAUAAUAAUGACAGUCCGAAAGAUUUUGAUAAUGAAGAAGAAAAUAAUUCGGCGUCAUUUGCUGUAGUUUCUAAUGAAACUAAAAAGACUGAAAAUACAAGUAUUACUGUAUUAUCUACCAUUCAUUAUCAACAUACAAAUAGUUUAAAAAAAAAAAACAUAACUGAUAUUAAUUCUAUUAACAUGCCAAAAAUAAGUACUAAAGGCCGCCCCAAAGGAAAGGUGUUAUCAGCAAUUGGCUUGCCCAUUCCAAAAAAUAAUAAACGUAAUCAAAAAAAUUUUAAAAAUUUAACUAGCUUUAUUAAUUUAAGUGUUAUGGAUCAAACGACAAUUAUUUUAGGAUGGAUAGUUGACUCUGAUCUAGUCAAAGAUGUUUUAAAUAAAAAAAAAAAAGUCUCACUAAAUGAUCUACACGAAUCCUUUCCAGAUUCUCUUGUUGAUGAUGAGGUCAACUUAAAUAUAAUCCACGAAUAUCUUGAAAAGCCAGUUAUCAAAAGAUUAAAUUAUGUCAUCAUUAAGAAAAGACAAUUGAAUUACUACACAUGUGACUCAUGUUCAAAAGAAGUAAAACUGAAUUCUAUAAGAUGUGAUUUGUGCUUAAAAUGGUAUCAUUACAAGUGCCAGUCAUUGAAAAAAUCUGAGGCAACCAAAAUAUCAGAAGGAAAUAUUUAUUGGUUUUGUGCAAUGUGCCAAAAAAAGUAAAAUGCUUCUGAUUAUUUAGCUGUAUGUGGAUUAUCCAAUAAUUAAGCUGUGAUUGUUGAGAUUAUUCAUUUUUCUAAUGCUAAGAAAUUUCAUUAUUUAUUUUUUAGUCGCAAAAAAAGCAAUC